AUGGUGGAGGAGAUUGCAAGAGAGGUUGCAGCGGGAAGCAGAGAUGAGGAACUUGAUGAGGAUGAAACCAGCAAAGUAGAUGAUGAGAAGGAUGAGGAUGAGGAUGAAGACGAACAUGACCUUCAUGACAGGAAAGUCAGUGAUGAUUACAUGGUUGAGGAGGUAGAAGAUGAGGGUCACCGUGAUGGUCAUGGAGGUGAUGAUGACGACAAUGAGGAUGAGGAGGAGGAUGACCAUGAUGACAAGGAAGGAGAGGCGGAAGAUAAUGAUAAGGAGGUUCGUGAUUUAGAUGAUGAGGGUGAGGAAGAUACACAUGUACUGACAAUGAACCCUACCAAUGUUCCUUUGCUGUUGGAUUGCGAAUGGGUGAGUAGUGACAGUGGGGAGGAAGGAGGGCCUGAAAAAUCGAUUGACCUUAGGAGGUCAACAAGGGCAAAGAGUUCCACAAUUAAAUCUCCGUGGAUGGAAUUCAAGGUAGCUCCAAAGACGAAGAGGCCAAAGGAGGAAAGGGACAUUUUUUUCACUUUAAUAUCCCGUAGACCCAAGGGAGAGGAAGAGGGAAAGAUGACUGUCAUCAAAAUGUUUGAUGAAGAUAUAGAUCGACAACAACUGUUUUCCCUUGGUAGAGUGAACAGAGUAAAUAACAGGGUGCUUAAUUUGGUGUGCAAGGCAGUGAUGGAGGACAUGAAGGCAGAGUUGGGGCCAGGGAAGAGGCAUAUUUUCGAUGUGGAUUUCAUGUUUUACGUUGCCAUUCAACCCAACACAUUGGAUUUCCACAUAUUAGAGUCCAUGAGGGACCAUUUCGGAAGCAAGGACAGAAAGAAGAAGAAGAAGAAGGUUGUCAUCAAAGACCCAGUGGAAAUGGCUGUGGAUGACUGUAGGAUGAGGUUUAAUAUUAUACUGGACUUGGUCAAGCUAGGAUUGGUUGGGAAAAAGUCAAUGUCUCCCAUGACAUUUGCAGAAAGGGAUUGCGGGGUGCACUGCAUGAUGUGGUUGAGAAGAUGGGAACUUGGUGUGACCCUUACCUACACAGAGGAAGAAGUUGCUGGCUUUCAUCAUGACCUGACAUGGUGGUUGGUGAAUCAUGAACAGAAUGAAAAAUGUGACGAGGCAUUGGCCCUUAUUCGACAACCACAACGAACCAAGAGCACAAAAUCCAAGAAAAGGUGUCGGUCUUAG